AUGAUUAACUUGAAGAUUGUUAUCUCUGCCUUGGCCCUCUCAGCUCUCGCUGCUUCUGCCCCUACCCUCGGUAGGAGUUUCUCUAUUAACCAAGUUCCUAUUAAUGUUUCUCGUGUCCACCCAGCCGCUGAAUACGCUAGAGUUUAUCUCAGACAUGGUGUUAAUGUUCCUCAUCAUGUCGCCUUAGCUGCUAGGUCUCCUCAUGCCGACUCUGUUCCUGCCUACCCUUAUCCCCAUGAUGUUUUGUACCGUUCUCCUGUUAAAGUUGGUAAUGACAUAUUAUUACUCGCUCUUGACACUUCUUCGGCCGAUUUGUGGGUUAAGACUAAGUUCUCCCCUAGGGCUGGAACUCAUGUCUAUGAUCAAAGCACUGGUACCUUGCUGCCAUAUCAUCAUUGGCAGAUUAGAUAUAGUGAUGGCGGCAUUGCUGGAGGCGAUGUGUAUAAGGAUAUAGUUAAGAUUGGCGAUAUUACCUCAUAUGAGCAGGGUGUUGAAACUCUUCUCUACCUCCAUACGUCUCAUUCACUCCUUACGGAUGGAUUAGACGGUGUUGUGGGAUUGGCCUUCCCUAGCUUGAAUACAGUGCUACCUACACCGCAGGGAACUUUCUAUGAAAAUGUUAAGCUGAACCUCCUGACCCCUGUCUUUGCUGCUUCCCUUAAGCAUCAUGCACCUGGUAGCUUCGACUUCGGCUUUAUUGAUCACACGAAACACACUGGGGGAAUCCUCUAUAAGCAUGUUGAUCCUACCCGUGGAUAUUGGAAUAUUAGUUGUGAUGGAUACGCUAUUGGUGGUGGUGCGAUUACUUUUGAUGAGCCUUUCUACGCUGUAAUCGAUACUACUGGUAGUCUCGUCCUCCUUAAGGAAAGUAUUGUCAACAUGUACUACGUCAAUAUUCGCUCUGCUUUUUACUCUCUUGAGCACGGUGGGUGGAUCUUUGAUUGCCAUGAUCUCAUCCCUUCCUUUUCUGUUAGGCUUGGUAACUACAAAAUUACUAUUCCGGGUCCAUACCUGAAGUAUACAGAAAUCCCUGGUACUCCGCUUUGCUAUGGUGGUCUCCAGAAGAGCCCUCACGAUGACUACGGUAUUCUCGGCGUUAUGUUGCUUAAGACCCAGUACGUUAUUUUCGACGCCCGGAGUGGUAGACCUCCCCGGGUCGGCUUUUCUAAACAGCGGCCGCCGGUCUAA